AUGACAAGCAUGAAAAAUCUUUGGAGGGAUUUACUAACUUUAAAGCAAAAUGUUAAUAGUCCAUGGAUUAUUGGUGGAGAUUUCAAUGCUAUUACAAGUUGUAAAGAGAAAAUUGGAGGGUUACCAGUUACUGAAGCUGACAUUGAGGAUUUUCAAAGCUUCAUCAACACUAGUCAGCUAUUGCAUUUAAGAUCUACUGGCUGUUACUACACUUGUGUGGAAUAUCUCAUGCCAAAAUGCUCUGACCAUUCUCCGGCAUUAUUAACCAUUGAAGAUGAUAAUUUUGAGGGUAAAAGGCCAUUCAAGUGCUUCAAUAUGUGGGUGAAGCAUCCAGAUUUUAUCUCAACAGUAAAUUCUAUAUGGGUGCAAAACAGUGAAGGCUACAAAAUGUUCAGGUUUCACACAAAGCUCAAAAGACUUAAACAUGCCCUUAAAGAGCUAAAUAAAAAUCACUUCAUGAAUAUAAGUGAACAAGUGUGUAGAGCUAAGGAAGAUUUAGCUGAUAUUCAAAGGCAAUUAAAUGAUGAUCUUUUCAACUCAGAUUUGAUUGCAAGGGAAAAAGAAUGCAUCAAAAAAUAUGACAGAUUGAUUGAUUGUGAAUCUUCUUACUACAAACAGAAAGCUAACAUAAACUGGAGCUUGCAAGGGGAUAAGGGAUCAAUGUUUUUUCAUUCUAUCAUGAAGAAGAAAAGGCAUCUUAACAGAAUUUUGACUCUAUACACUGACAAUGGGAUUAGAAUUACUGACAGAUCUGAAAUAAUUACAGAAAUUAUUGAUUACUACAAAAAGAUAUUGGGUACUUCUGUUCUUACUGCAACACCUGAUCCAGAAGUGAUAGCAAAUGGGCCUCUGCUCUCACCUGAACAGAGACAAAUGCUCAGCCUUCCAGUAACAAAAACAAGCAGUUUUUUCUAUGUCAAAUGA